GGCCGGCGGUGCCCCCCCGGCGCCCUCCAAGCUCGUGGCCAUAGACUGUGAGAUGGUGGGCACGGGCCCCGGCGGGCGCACGAGCUCCCUGGCCCGGUGCAGCAUCGUCACGUACGAGGGUGAUGUGGUGUACGAUCAGUACGUGCGGCCCGAGGCUCCCAUCGUGGAUUACCGGACCCGCUGGAGCGGGAUCCGCCGGCAGCACAUGGACAGAGCCGUGCCCUUCCGCAGGGCGCAGCAGCAGGUGCUGCGGAUCCUCGCCGGGAAGGUGGUGGUCGGCCACGCCAUCCACAACGACUUCAAGGCUCUGCAGUACUCCCAUCCCAAAGCUCUGACCCGGGACACGGCGCAGAUGCCGCUGCUGAACCGCCGGGCUGGCUUCCCAGAGAACACGGCCAUCUCCCUGAAGCGCCUCACCAAGGCUCUGCUGAACCAGGACAUCCAGGUAGGGAAAAGCGGCCAUUCCUCGGUGGAGGAUGCCCGAGCCACCAUGGAGCUCUACAAGGUGGUGGAGGAGGAGUGGGAGCAGCACCUGCGGCAGAACCUGAAGCAGGAGUGACGCUCUGGGGGCUCAA